AUGUCUCGCAAAGCAGAUGUUGCUGGUUCGAGCCUUGCAUUUAAGUGUCGUUGCUUAGUGGAGUCUCCAAAGAAUAAGAAAACAGCCGUCAGGCCAACCAGCAGCGGUUCCUGCCAGCAGCCAGCGUCCAACAGCGGUCAGAGCCAGCAGCCAGCGUCCAGCAGCAGUCCCAGCCAGCAGCCAGCAACCAGCAGCGGUUCCUGCCAGCAGCCAGCGUCCAGCAGCAGUCCCAGAAAGCAGAUAGCAGGCAGAAGCCAGCGUCCAGAAGUGGUCCCAGGCAGCAGCCAGCAGCCAGCAGCGGUUCCUGCCCACAGCCAACGUAAAGCAGACGGCGUCCAGCAGCGGUCCCAGCCACCAACCAGCAGCGGUUCCUGCCAGCAGCCAGCAUCCAACAGCGGUCCCAGCCAGCAGCCAGCAGCGGUUCCUGCCCACAGCCAACGUAAAGCAGACAGCUUCCAACAGCGGUCCCAGCCAGCAACCAGCAGCGGUUCCUGUCAGCAGCCAGCGUCCAGCAGCGGUCCGAGCCAGCAAAGAGCAGCCAGCAGCCAGCGUCAAGCAGCGGUCCCAGCCAGCAUCCAGCGUCCAGCAGCAGUCCCAGCCAGCAUCCAGCAGCCAGCAGCGGUUGCUGCCAGCAGCCACCAGCCAGCAGCGAGCGUCCAGCAUCGGUUCCUGCAAGCAGCCAGCGUCCAGCAGCCUGCAGCCAGCAGCGGUUCCUGCCAGCAGCCAGCAGUGGUCCCAGCCAGCAUCCAGUGUCCAGAAGCGGUCACAGCCAGCAGCGGUUCCUGCCAGCAGCCAGCAGCCGGCGGCCAGCGUCCAGCAGCAGUCCCAGCCAGCAGUGGUCCCAGCCAGCAGCCAGCGUCCAUCAGCAGUCCCAGCCAGCAACCAGCAACCAGUAGCGGUUCCUGCCAGCAGCCAGCGUCCAGCAGCCAGCAGCGGUUCCUGCCAGCAGCCGGCAGCGGUUCCUGGUAG